CAAUAAUGUCUACAAUCUUGAAGAACAAAUUAAUCACAAGAUAGCAUUCAUUCAAGAUCACAUUCCUCAGCAAGCUAAAGUUACUCUUAUUGGACAUUCCAUUGGAUGUCAAAUCAUACUUAGACUCCUCCAGUACUUUGAUUCAAAAUCUGAGGUAACAAUUGUCAAGAGUUUUCUUUUGUUCCCUACAGUAGAAAGAUUGAGAAAUACACCCAAUGGACAACGUUUUUGGCCAAUGCUGUGCUACCUUCGUUGGUUGGUCAUAUUCUUAACAGCUUGUCUGUAUGUGUUGCCAGUGAAAGUAAGAGAGAAAAUGCUUCUUUGGUUCUUCAAAGGCAGGCAAGUACCAGACUGCAGUAUUCAAGCCACCAUACAACUAUUUCAACCCAAAGUGAUGCAGAAUGUCUUGUGGAUGGCUUACCAUGAACUCUUGCAAGUGCAUGAAGCAGACACAGAAGCCAUAGAUAAACAUAAGGAUAAAAUAGUCUUUUAUUAUGGAGCUAUGGACGGGUGGUGUCCAAGAAUUUAUCGAGAUGAACUGAAACUAAAAGUUGAAGGUGUAAAUGCUAUCUUGUGUGAGGAUGGAUAUCAGCAUGCUUUCGUUUUAGAAUAUUCAGAACCAAUGGGGCAAAAAAUUGUGGAAUGGGUCAGGUCAUGAAAUAGUACAUACCUAUUGUUUAAGUAGGCUCCCAAUUAUCUGCAAUUGGAUGUUGGGUAACCCUUGGAGGUCUUCAAAGUCGCUGGCUUGUUACUUUAAAAAUAUCUUCCAUUAAUGUGGAGUAUUUGUUUUUUAUAUAUUUUUUUAUUUUUAUAAUUAAUUUAUAAAAAAAUUAUAAUUACAUGGAGAGUAAGACCAAGGCAGGUAAUGAAAAAAUUGAAAGAAAAACAAUCUGUAUUAGUUGCUUGUCCAUUGCUUAAAUAAUCUUCCAUUAAUGCUAAACAUCUUUUAUAUUAUGUAAUUAUUUUAAUAAAUUUAUAAUACAUAUAGGGAAUUUAGGACCAAGGCAGGUAAUGAAAAAAAAAACAUUAAAAGAUAGAAAAGCUGUAAUAGUGAGAAGAAAUGCCAGAAAAUAUUUAAAAUUUUCCUAAAAUGUAGUGCCAGGGGUUAGACUGUCUUAAGUUUGUGAUAACUUAGUUAACAGUUCAGCAGGGACUGGUGCAAGUUCUUUCGUUAGUGAGAGAUGACUUAGGAAAAGACCGAUAAAAGGCCAUGUUAGAGGCAGUGCUAUGGUCUGUCAUUUUAGAGUAGCUCUACAGAAGAAAGGUAACGCAACACUUCAGAAUAAAUCGUAGAAACUAUAUUAAGUUUCUAAUUCUAAAAUUACUAAGGUAAAAUACAUAGUGUUAUAGAAAGUUUUUUUGUUUUACAAUUUUAUUUGAAGGACUAGAGGUAACUCUCAAUGACACAGUUGAGUUUACAGAAACCUCUUAUUGCAUUUAACUAAUCAUCAUAUAUUGGAGCACAUUUUUCAGUAAACAGUUGUACUGUUGUGUGAUUGGGAAUUCAUGUUCAAGAUUUUUUUUAUACACUGCUAAUUCUUAACAAAUUCUGAAAGGAGCACAAAUGCCCUCACUAAUAAUGUGUAUAAUUAAUGGUUCAUAGAAUAAAAGAAAUAACAAAUGGGAGAAAAAAUAGAAACAUUUAAUCAUGAUGGUAGGCUUGUUAGCUUGAUGACUCAGAGGGGAUGAGUGGUCGUCUCCCUCUUAGUCUUCACAUUACCACACCCCUUUUACUUAAACACUUUUUGGAACUCUUAUGUUGUCUGGGGUAAAACAUUACAUGUACUGUACAUGAAUGGUACACUAGGUACUCCUCGACUUACAAUGGGGUUAUGUUACAAUGAACCCAUUGUGAGUUGAAAAUAUUGUAAGUCAAAUAUGAAUAUGAUAUAAAUAAAUAAGUAAAUAAAUAACUACUGUCACUGAAUAAGCAAUUAAACAAAUAAUUACUAACUAAAUACCAGUAUUGAAAAGUAGAUAGCGAAUACAAAUUAUCCUAUCAAAUGUACAGUACUGUACAGCACUGCACCAUCAUGAAGUCGAAAUAUUGUAAGAUGAACCAUUGUAAAGCGAGGAGUAUCUGUACUGGCAAGAUUGUAUCAUGCUGAAAGGUGAAGAAUUAGACACAUGCAACAUCUGGGUAUCUUUAUUGUAGAUGUUUUGACAUCUGGUGGCUUUAUCAAUACAGUGUCCUUGAAACUGUAUUGAUAAAGCCACUGGAUGGCAAAACGUCUACUAAAUAAAGAUAUCCAGAUGUUGCACAUUGUAUCUAUUUCUUCAUUACACAUAUUGUUCAUUCAGGAGGGAAGGGAGGGAGCAUUGUCUUGAUGCUUGAUUCAAGGACUCAGAGCUACACUUUAUCAGAAAUCAAACCUGAUUACUUCACAUCCUCCAGACACUAUAAACCAACAGAUUUAGCAUUUCUUUAUCAAUACAAUAACAAUAAUUGUAUAAAUGAGUAGCUAGAUAUAUAUAAUGGGUUUAGAUAUAAUGUAUAAGGUAUAAUCAUAGCAUGGUCUUUGAGAGUUUGAUGAGUUAUCAAGAGUCCUUAAAGUAGUAGGGAGAAAAAAAAUAUUUUCCUGUCAAUUUUUCUCACUAAACGCUUGGUUGUCUCGGACUCUCUGCAUCAUCUGUAUCACUGUCUUAUACAUUAUCUAACUGCUUGCAAGGUGUCCUAUAGAUAAAGACACUCCAUGUCAUAAUUUAUUGUAAUUUUUGUUUGUGUUAAAAGAUUAUUCAUGUGUGUAAACCACAAAAUUAGACCAUGUGCUAUCUUGUUUGCAUAAUUUUGGCAUCUAAAGAAGUACUUUUAUCCUAGGAUAACCUAAUUAAGUCACAUAGUGUGGCUUACAAUUAGUGAGGGCCCCCUUCAUCCCUAGCAUUUAACCCACAACAGUAUUCUAACUCUAAGUCAUCUAUUUUACUGUUACAUAAACAUUGGCAGGAAGUAUAAAGAGGCCUGCCCAUGUGUCUCACCCCACCUGGUAAUUAAACACAGGUCCUUCUGGCUGUGAGUUGAAUUCUCUUGCUGAGGUACAGGUCUCCUGUACUGAAGUACAGUACAGUAAGUUUUUUUGUAUGUGUGUGUUGCAAGACAAUUGCAAAUGAGCAAGUAAAUGCAAUACAAGCCACAAUGGGAUGGAAAAACCUAGCUCCUUUUUUUUGUCUUAGUCUCUAGUCUAAGUCUUUCGCAAUGUUGACAGUGCCUCGUCAGAAGCUUUGCAGUGUUGUAAUAGGGAGGUGGACUGGAAAAAUCUGAGAGGUAGGAAGCUGGUGUAUGCACAGCCAUUUUCCCAACAUCUCUUAAGGUUGGGACACAGCUCCAAAUACACCAGCUUCCUACCUCUGAGUUUUUUUUCACUCCGUCUACCUUUUGCAAUAUUGCAUAGCUCCUGAUGAGGCACUGGCAACAGUGAGAAAGGCCUACAGCUAGUAGCUUGUAUUGCAUGAGUGUAUGUAUACUUAACUUUAUGUAGUUGCAGGGGUCAGUUCACAGCUCUUGGCCCCACCUCUUAAUUUCUAGCUUCUAGGACCACUCCUGGCUUCAUGAGCCUUGUUGUGAAAUGAAAUGGCCUGGGGAGUGAGGUGGUACAGGCAGUAUCUAUACUUAACUUUAAGAAGAUACAGUAUAUGAAAAUACUUUCAGAACCAGGAGAGAGUGAAAAUAAUAGUGACUAGUGAAGAGGCAGUACCAUGAGUUAUGACUUGACCACUGCAUCCAUAUAUAGAGUACACACAUGUAUGUAUAUAUGUAUGUAUAUAUAUUCUUCUUUCAAUGCACUGGCCACAUCCCACCGAAGUGAGCUCUUCACUAGCAAUAGUAUUGAGUGAAGCUAGAUUAGUGUGAGAGAUGACAAAAGUCGUGUCUUCAGCAGAGAGAAUAAGUGUCAGUUGAGAUACGCUUGGAGGGUCAUUGAUGUAUAAAAGGAAAAGGAGGGGACCAAGAACACUUCCCUGUGGUACACCAGCAUCCAGGGUCUUGUUGAGGAGGUUGUAUCAUUGACAGAAAUGUAUUGCUUUCUGUUAGUAAGGUAUGACUUGAUAUAUGCAAGUGAGUAGCCUGUUAUACUGUAAUGAUCAAGCUUGAGGAGUAAUAUGCUGUGGUCUACUGUAUCAAAAGCUUUCUUAAGGUUGAUAAGAAAGCUUUUGAUAGAGUAAACCACAGCAUCCUACUCCUCAAGCUUCAUCAUUAUGGUAUAAGAGGCCAUGCACUUGCAUAUAUCAAGUCGUACCUUAGUAAUAGAAAGAAAUAUGUCUCUAUCAAUGGCACAACCAUAAGCCAUGCAUGUCGUAUGGGGUGACUAAAAUGGUGGAAGCAAGGGGCCUGGAAUAGAGAAACUUUUGUUUUUCGUUUUAGGUCACCCUGCUUUGGUGGAAUAUGGCCAGUUUGUUG